AUGGUGGGCUCUGGGGUCCCGGCUUUGGGCCUUCUCCUGCUCAUGCAGGGCUCAGUAGGCUGCGAGGGAGACGUCUGGGACCGGGAGAGCUGCGGGGGUCAGGCCGCCAUCGAGAACCCCAACCUCUGCCUGCGCCUGCGGUGCUGCUACCGGGACGGCGUGUGCUACCAGUGGGCCAAGCGCCGGGACCUGCUGCGCCUGCCCUGGCUCCUGCGGGGAAAGUGCGACCUCUCCAAGACGGUCUCUCUGCUGUCCAAGGACCGGACCCCGAGCGAGAAGAGGACGUCCAUGGCCAGCGUGCCCACCUCCCUGGCCACGGAUGCGCCCCUGGACGCCUCGGGGACCACCGAGGGGGAGGGGACAGAGGGGGGCGAGGAAACAGAGGGGGACGAGGAUUAGGGGCACCCCGGUGGGCCCCCUCAAUACAGUUACAGCAUGUGGAAGAGUGACCCCUUCCCUGA